UUCAAACGCUGCUGUACCUAUAAAAAGAGUGCCUGCGUGCGUCAGAUAGUUUUCUCCAAUGGGUAAAGGUGACUAAAUUCCAGUUGUCUCGUUUGCCGGCACAGUCUCAUCCUAUCAGCUGGGGGAGAGAUGAUGGACGACUCCGGCGGUGUCCAAAUGGCGAAGGCGCUGAAGCAUGCAGCCCUCUGCCUGAUGCUGCUUCCCCGGUUCCUUCUGGCCGCAGUUAUGCUGUGGCUCCUGGAUUUCUUGUGCAUUAGGAAAAAAGUGCUGCUGAAAAUGGGAGAGAGGCAGGAGAGCCCGGACGACCCGCCGGUGUGCGUCUCUGACUCUAACAAGAUGUUCACCUUGGAGUCCCUGAGGGCCGUGUGGCAUGGUCAGAAAUUGGACUUUCUCAAAUCUGCGCACCUUGGGCACCCUGCGCCCAACACCGAGGUGGUGCUUGUCCAGGAGCGGAAGCAGGUGCGAAUCCUGGACUGCGUGAAAGGGAAGAGACCGCUCAUUCUUAACUUUGGCAGCUGCUCCUGACCGCCAUUCAUGACGCGUCUGACGGCGUUUCAGCGCGUCGUGAGUCAGUACGCAGACAUUGCGGACUUUUUAGUUGUAUAUAUCGAGGAGGCGCAUCCCUCGGACGGCUGGGUGAGCUCGGACGCGCCGUAUCAGAUCCCCAAGCAUCGCUGUUUGGAAGACAGACUUAGAGCCGCUCAGCUGAUGCUCACUGAGGUGCCGGAGACCAACGUGGUGGUGGAUAAUAUGGACAACUCGUGUAACGCCGCGUACGGAGCCUACUUUGAGAGACUUUACAUCGUGAGGGAUGAAAAAGUGGUGUACCAGGGGGGCAGGGGUCCAGAGGGAUACCGGAUUUCCGAGCUUAGAAACUGGCUGGAACAAUACAGGAACGAUCUGCCGAAUUCCCAAACAGCGGUACUCCAUGUGUAGAUGCUGAACUGCCCGCUGCUCUGCCCACUCUGCUUAAUAAGUAUCCAACCCACAGUGCAAAAUAUCCAGAUGCUGCUAUCAGAUGUUCACCCAUGGCACAUUGUUGUUGUUUUGGGGUUUUUUUUUGCAAAAAACAUGAGGAAAAAAGAAACAUUUUCAGGACUCUUUGUCAAAAUAGCCUAAAGUCAUGUUGAAGCAUAGACCGUAGGCUGUGAUUUUGUGCUUGUCUCGACUUUCAUUGAUUGCGCAUCGCGAUUCUCUUUAUUUCUUCUUUUGUAUGAAAAAGUCUCAAUUGGUAAUCACUCUAUUUUUCUACAAUACCUCUCUCUCUCUGUGUGUGUGUGUGUGUGUGUGUGUGUGUGUGUGUGUGUGUGUGUGUGUGUGUGUGUGUUCGGGCUAAUAUCGCCUUCUGGUGUCUCUGUGAAGUUCGGUUUUUAAAAGGGUCAUCCAGAAAACCGACACUGAUGUUUCCGACACUGGUAGCGGGUCCAUAUUAGCGAGACGCCUCACUCGGUGACCGACUGCCUAACGGUGUAACGUUGAAGCAAUUGUAACUGAACAACUGUUUUUAAUAAAUGUCAGAUCACACACUGAUGACGCACUUUUGAGUGUUGAAAA